GGUGAACCAUGGUUCAGAUGAGUGCCAAGCCCACAAGCGCCAGGUACCGUGCAACCGGACACCGAGGGCCAAGAAUAUGAGUUGAAUUCCAGAAGUUUCUUUUUCUUCCAGGGGGAUUCCGCAGCAAGCCUUCACUCACAAGGCCAAGAGGCAUGCCUCCCUUUCCAGGAAAAAGAAACCGAAAGGCUGCCUUUCCCAGGACACUAGCAGGCAGUGCUCCAGCUGCUCUGGGACUGCCCCUAAGGACGCUGGAAAUUGCUAUUGGCCAGAAGCGGGACCUAUGCUAAGGGAGGGGCGUGGCCCGGAGCGGGUUCCAGCGCCCCGCGAAGCUCCGAGCUAGAGGAACAAAACCACAUGGCACCGACUUUCUACCACUAUCCUUCGGUGCCCAUGGAGAAGACGUGGGAGGAGCAGGGACCGGGCAUCCGCCGGCGGUGGCUGGUGGCCGCGGUCCUGAUGUUCCUGAUCGAUGUGGUCUUGGUCACCCUGCUCAUCUACUUCGCCGUCAGGGCAAACAGCGAGGCCUGCAGGGACGGGCUGCGGGCUCAGGAUGAGUGCCGCAACACCACGCACCUUCUGCAGCGCCAGCUCACCCGUGCCCAGGAUAACCUGCUGCAGGCAGAGACGCAGGCAAACUCCUGCAACCGGACCCUGGUAACCCUUCAGGAUUCCCUGAAGAAGAAGGAGUCCCAGGUCCUGGAGCAGCAGACUCACAUCCAGGAGCUUGAGAGCAAGAUCAUGAAGUUGAACCAGGAGCUGGCGACACUGAGGACCAAGGAAGAAGCUUCUAGCACAUCACAGAACUCUGCCAGCUCCUUGGUGGUCUCCAGCCUUUUGACGUUCAUAGUGCCAGUGUUCCUGCUUUUCUGAGGACCCAAUAGCUGGCAGGCCACAGCCGGUUUUGAUGAAGAUGCGGUUGCACCUGUUUGAGGUCGUUGGGAGUCCAGGUGGCUCUGGAGGUCAUGGCAGCCCCAAGGAUGUAGAAGCCACUGAGUGGAGCUUAGAUUGCACCUCCCUCCCUCCUUCCUUACAACUGGGGAGAGUGGAAAGGGCACCUCCAUUUUUGUUUUUUUGGUUAUAUGGGCAGGGGUUCACUUAUUUCUGAUGUCUUUAAGCUUUGAAAAAUAAAGUAAUUUGGAAAGAAAAA